AGUGUGACACUUACCAUCAAGUUUUAUUAUCUUACAUUUUCCUAUUACCUAAAGAAAAAAGAUGUGUAGAUGAUGCUUUAACUUUCUCCUGUGUUCAUGUUUGUUGAUGCUGCUGAAAAGAAUAAAGCAAUUGAAUUGUCAUUUGAAGGACUUCACAAGAAGGGGGGGAAUAUUACUUGAUUUCUUUGCUUUUAGGGUUGUAAAUGCUUGGAUUUAGUCAUCUUGCUUAUCAAGAGACUACUCUGUGCAUAUUUUGAUGUCGUCUCAAGCAAGAUGAAAGCUAUCCUCCCUCAGUUUCUCAUGUUUUCUGGAGUAAAUUGGAUAACUGACAACUAAUUAACACGGUCUUCUAACUUUCUUAAUGAACUAAUUUGUGCUAUUAACAACGCUAUUAAAGCAGCUUAAUUCCCUUGUUCUCCAGAUAAGGUAACAUCCUUUAUUGACUGCACCCUAAUUACACCACAUACAAAUGUUUGCAUGAGUUUUAAUCUCAUUGUCCUUUGGAUACAUGCCAUCCAUGCCCUAGAAGACAUCUCUCCCUCGCUCUCUUUCUCUCUUUCCAAUGGAUUUUGGGAGCCUCAAAUUCAACAUGAGCAACGGACUCUUGCCAGAAGCUUGUGCUGAUCCAUUUGACAAAGUAGCUAAUGGCUUCCCCUAUGGUUUUGAUGGCUACUUCCCUGACAAGUUGUCUCCACCAUUUGACAGCAUAGAGUCCAGGGUCCCAACUGAAGACAUCCAGGAUGUGGUGUUGCCAUUCUAUGUCACACAGCCUAAUCUUAGCAUAGCUUCGAUGGCUCACACGUUUGAGCCUCCCAUUGCUUGCAGAUGCCCCAGCGAGCUCAGUGUCAUCAACCAUCAUCCUCAGAUGGAAGUCGAGAUGAAUAGGAAGUCUAUGUCUGCAAGAAGAAAUGGUGGUAAAGCACAGAAGAAAACCAACGUGGUUAAAGGCCAAUGGACCCUCGACGAAGACAGGUUGUUGAUAAGACUAGUGGAACAGUAUGGACUGAAAAAGUGGUCUCACAUUGCUCAGAUGUUACAUGGAAGAAUAGGAAAGCAGUGCAGAGAGAGAUGGCACAACCAUCUGAGGCCUAACAUCAAGAAGGAUACAUGGUGCGAGGAGGAGGACAAGAUACUGAUCCAAGCUCACUCCGAAAUCGGCAACAAGUGGGCUGAGAUCGCCAAGAGGCUCCCGGGCAGGACUGAGAACUCCAUCAAGAACCACUGGAAUGCAACCAAGCGAAGGCAGUUCGCCAGACGGCGGUGCCGCAACACCAGGAACCCCAAGUCCGGCAUGCUCCUGCAGAACUACAUCAAAAGCCUGGCACUCAGCCCCGCACCCUCGACAAGAAAGCGCAAGCCCGGCAACAGCUCCAAAUCCACCGUGAGCGCCAUGCCCGCCGAGGAGCCCAGCACGGCCGCAGAUGCCUACCGAGACGGCGACGACCACUUAGUCCCUGCCUGCGACUUCAGCGACGUCAUGGUCAGCCUGCUGUUUCAGGACGAGGAGAAGGUCCCGGCUGAGGGGUACGAUGUCGGCCACCUGUUCGACCAGCUCGGCUGUGGUCCAGGCGUUGACAAGAGCUUGGAGAUGGAGAUGGAGUACUGGGAUGACAUCGUCGCCACACCGCAGUCAUACGAGGACGUGAAGCCGGAGAUGGACUUGGUGGAGAUGAUGUCUCAGAACAGCAGCACUAGCAAUAACAUGUCAUGAGAUGAUCUGCUUACGUCAAACCUAUAACAACACCUAUGUGAUAGAAAAUAUAUAUAGAGGGAUAUCGGUAAUUAUUGGAACUUAAAAAUAAUAAUAAGCCUAUAGUUAUUUAAA